AUGAUUGGUCUAAUAUACAAAGACUUAUUAAUAAUCACGAACACUCACAUAAUCAUAUACACUAAUAAUAGAGAAGUGGUUCGAACUGUUAUUGAAGUAUUGAUUUUUGCUGCUCGACAAAAUAUAUCGCUACGAGGACACAAUGAAAAUGUUCAAUCAUUAAACCGUGGAAAUUWUUUAGAGCUAUUAAAAGUCAUAGGACGUCACAGUGCCCCUGUUAUGAUGCAUCUUGAAAAAAUAAACAAAAGUAAUAAUAACAGAUUAACAUUUAUGUCUUCUAAAAGUCAAGAAAAACUGUUGAGUAUAUUAGGUGAAAUGGUUCGAGCACAAAUAUUGAAAGAUGUGAAAAAUGCUUGCCAUUUUGCUGUUAUAGUUGAUACCACUACGGAUAUAUCAAACCAAGAACAGUUUACAUUUAUAGUGAGAUAUGUUAACAGUACUGGUGUAAUAGAAGAGCGAUUGUUGGCUUUAGAAACUGCAAGUGAUGCUACAGGACAAGGAUUAUUCAAUACCUUUUGUACAAUAACAAGUAAAUAUGACAUCAACUGGGAAAAACAUUUGUGUGCACAAUCAUUCGAUGGUGCAGCAUCUAUGCAAGGAAUUUAUUCAGGUCUACGAAGUUUUAUUCAACAUAAAAAUCCUAGAGCAAUUUACGUUUGGUGUUUUGCCCACAUAUUAAACUUAGUAGUGGUAGAUACAUGUGAUUCAUGUACUGAUACUAAAAAUUUUUUURGAGAUGUUCAAUCAUUAGUAUUUUUUCUAAAAGCUCGCAAAAGAACAGCUGUUUUUAUUGAAUGCCAAAAAAAAAUUUAUAAAKAUGAGAGAGUUUUGCGAUUGAAAAGUUUUUCAGAUACUCGAUGGACCUCACAUGGUAAAGUUUUAAAUGUCAUAUUUUGUAAAUAUAAGGCAUUGAUUGAUGCUUUAGAAUAUGGACUUGACUCAGCCUUUCCUAAUGUGCACGUUGCGUAUAGAGCUCUGGCAACAAUUCCAGCAUCAUCUGCAUCAGCCGAAAGAUCUUUUUCAAAGGUGAAAUUGAUUAAAACAAGACUAAGAUCAACAAUGGGGCAAGGUAGAUUAGAGAGUCUCUUACUUCUGRGUUGCGAAAGAGAUAUUCCAAUAGAUAUAAAUAUUGUUAUUGAUAAAUUUUCACAGUCUUCAGAUCUCUUAAAAAAUGCAUUAACUUUUAAAUAA